CCAAAAAAAAAACAUUUUAGUUGCUUGCUUUCUUAGGACCAAACCUCUUCAAUAAAUAAACAAAUAAAAGGGAAAUUGAGCUGAGGUUGGGUCAAAAGGGUUUGGACCAAAAUUGACACAACCUGCAGGGUUCAACCCCACCAAAUACAAUUAAUUAAAUUUUUUUAAAAAAAAUUGUAAAUAUUUGUUGUUAUAAAAAAAAAACAAUCCCACAAAUUAAAGAUGAAGGGAUUCAAGAAAAAUCAUGGUGAUUUAUGGUUGUUGUUUGUUAUUGUGGCGGUUAUAACCCCCUCAAUAUUUGGUAACAUAGUUGAGUACGAUGAAGUGUGGCGAAGGCGUGCAAUAGAAGCUUGGAACCACGCCCUCACCACCUACGAGCCCCAUCCUCACAACAUUUCCAAUGCCCUAAUUACCCAAGUUCAAAAGACAUUAUCAGAGUCGCAAGAUAGGGAUGAUGAAGACGGCGCGGCGGAGGCGGACAAUAAUAACAGCACAGGCAGACAUCUCUUGGGAAAAAAGUAUGGAGGCCCAUGCAAGGUCACCAACCCGAUAGACAGGUGUUGGCGUUGCGACCCGCAUUGGGCCUCCAACAGGAAGAGGUUGGCCGAUUGCGGGAUGGGCUUCGGCCACAAAGCGACCGGGGGCAAGAGCGGAAGGUUCUACGUCGUCACCGACUGCUCGGACGAUUCCAUGAACCCGAAGCCCGGGACUCUCCGGCACGCGGUGAUCCAGAAGGAGCCCUUGUGGAUCACCUUCGCGGGAGAGAUCAUGAACAUCAGGCUCCACCAGGAGCUGAUCAUGCAGAGCAACAAGACGAUCGACGGGCGCGGGGCCCAGGUGCACAUCAGCGGUGGGGCCGGGAUCACCAUCCAGUUCAUCAGGAACGUCAUCAUCCACGGGGUCCACAUCCACGACAUCGUCAUCGGCACGGGAGGCCUGGUCAGGGACUCCGUCGAGCACUUUGGGAUACGAACGGUGAGCGACGGGGACGGCAUCUCCAUCUUCGGCUCGUCCGACAUUUGGAUAGAUCAUGUCUCCAUGAAGAAUUGCUACGAUGGCCUCAUCGAUAUCAUCGAGGCAUCCACCGGCAUCACCAUCUCAAACAGCCACUUCACCGAUCAUAACGAGGUGAUGUUGUUCGGGGCGAACGACGAAUCGAGGAAGGAUGAGAUAAUGCAGGUGACGAUAGCGUUCAACCACUUUGGGAAGAGGCUGGUGCAGAGGAUGCCGAGGUGUCGGUUCGGGUACAUACACGUGGUGAACAACGACUACACGCACUGGAACAUGUACGCGAUCGGAGGGAGCGCGCACCCGACCAUAAUCAGCCAGGGGAACCGCUUCAUCGCUCCCCCGGACAUAUUCAAGAAGGAGGUAACGCAUCGGGCAGCAGGGACGCCGGAGGAAUGGAAGCAGUGGACAUGGAGAUCGGAGGGGGACGUGUUCAUGAAUGGGGCCUUCUUUGUAGAGUCUGGGGAUCCAAAGUUCACCUCCAAACAUGGGAAGUUAUAUGAUGGGAUUAAGGCAUUUAAGGGGGAGGAGGUGACUUGGAUUACUAGGUUUGCAGGUGCACUGCCUUGUAAGAUUGGUUUCCCUUGUUAAUAGUACUGUAUGAUUAUAUUAAGAGUCUUAUUAUCAGAGCACCUUUUUUGUUUUUUUUUUGAGAAUUAUUGCUCAUCAUCAUUCGUAUAUCGACUGUAUGCAUGUGUAUAAUUUAAUUUGUAGAUGUGUGUUUUUUUCUUUCAAUUCUUUUGUAAUUGUGUUUGUGUGUUUUUUUUUGGGGGAUUGACAAGUUAGAGGAUCGAGUCUCCCAUGUACAGUUGUACACUCUUUAAUUAACAUUAACUUCCGUU